UCGCUUUGUUUUGCUCCAAGAUGGCUGCGGGGAUGUAUUUGGAACAUUAUCUGGACAGUAUUGAAAACCUCCCCUUUGAACUACAGAGAAACUUUCAGCUCAUGCGUGACCUGGAUCAAAGAACAGAGGACCUGAAGGCUGAAAUCGACAAGUUGGCCACCGAAUACAUGAGUAGCGCCCGCAGCCUGAGCUCAGAGGAAAAACUGGCCCUUCUCAAACAGAUCCAGGAAGCCUAUGGCAAGUGCAAGGAAUUUGGUGACGACAAGGUGCAGCUUGCCAUGCAGACCUACGAGAUGGUGGACAAGCACAUUCGCCGACUAGACACGGACCUGGCCCGUUUUGAGGCUGACCUGAAGGAGAAACAGAUUGAGUCGAGUGAUUAUGACAGCUCGUCCAGCAAAGGCAAAAAGAGUGAGGAGGGGGGUGGGGCUUGUGAGCAGUGGGAUCCAGCUUCAGGAGGACCGACAGACCGACUGGUGCCCAGAGCUGGCAUGGCUGCAGUUAGGAGGGAUAGGAGGGAAGGGCUUCAGGGCGGACUUGGAGCCAGCGAGCAGGGAGGAGGACUUAACUUGGCUGGCCAUCUCCCUGCCUUCCGGCCAUUCCCCUCUGCCCUAGGUCGGACUCAGAAGGAGAAAAAGGCUGCCCGAGCCCGCUCCAAAGGAAAGAACUCUGAUGAAGAAGCCCCCAAGGCUACCCAGAAAAAGUUAAAACUUGUGCGCACAAGUCCUGAGUAUGGGAUGCCCUCAGUGACCUUUGGCAGUGUCCAUCCCUCUGAUGUGUUGGAUAUGCCUGUGGAUCCCAACGAACCCACCUAUUGCCUUUGUCACCAGGUCUCCUAUGGAGAGAUGAUUGGCUGUGACAACCCUGAUUGUUCCAUCGAGUGGUUCCACUUUGCCUGUGUGGGGCUGACAACCAAGCCUCGGGGGAAAUGGUUUUGCCCACGCUGCUCCCAAGAAAGAAAGAAGAAAUAAAUCAGGGCCUUGGACUCCACCACAGCUCUUCCAUAUCCCCUCACCUGGCUAUCGGGGAGCGGAAAGCCUGUGCUGGACUAGGUGGUCCAGGGAGAGAUGGACAGCGCUGGCUGUGCUGCCUUGGCCCCUCUCCCCACUCCUGGUGCUGAGGCUGCGGCCACACCCCAACACAGGGGGUGCCCCAGCCACUAAGUUUGUGCUCUCAUUCAGUUCACCCCUUGAGAGGGAAGUGGUCUUGUCCACUGACCUUCUGCCUCCAUGCCGAGGUUGGUGCUGUAUCCUGAAGGGAUGGGAUGGUCCUCUUUCCUCCCUCUGCUUUGUACUUAAGGACAAAGGGGGCAGUAGUAUAUACGGGCCAGCGGGCGCUCCCCAGCCUUCUCCCCACCCUCCAGCCCCUAGGAAAGGGGUUUUGAUGUGAUCAAGUUUCUUCAUUACUUCCUGCAUUUUCCAUGAGGCUCCCCCAGAUUGUCUGGGCUUCGAUCUUAGUAGAAGGGGCACCCCACCCCCAUCCCCAUGCCAAAAGGUUGAUAGGACCUUGUGAGCGAGUGGGAGGGGGGCCACAGGGGAUGCUGGGCUCUCGUGAGAGGGUUGGAGAGGGUGAAUAAAAGCUAUCCGUGUU